GUUUAAAUCGUCGCACCAAUCCAACAAUUCAAUUUAAUUUAUAUUUCAAUCAAAAGUGCAUCUCCUUUUCUAUACGACGACAGUACAAAAGAAAUCAAGUUCGACACUGAACCGCGAUUUGUCAUAAGAUUUACAUAGAUUCUGCAGCGCCAUCCCGAUGUGAGGACACGACCCACGGUUAUGUUGAAAUGCAACCUGUCAAUGAUUGUCAAAACAGAUUUGAUGGCAUUUCUCGACUAGAUGAGUUUGUAAUUAAUUUUAAGUGAAAAGAAAAUUAAAUCCCGAAAAUGUCUACAAUGUUCUUAAGCACUUUAACGCCAAAGUUUUAUGUGGCCCUUACUGGAACCUCAAGUCUGAUAUCUGGACUGAUAUUGAUAUUCGAGUGGUGGUACUUCAGGAAAUAUGGAACCUCAUUUAUCGAACAAGUGUCUUUGAACCACAUCAGUCCAUGGAUCAACGGUGAAGUAAGUCAGCAAGAUCAGACAAAUGGUUCGAAUCAAAUACCGGAGUGUAAAGUUUGGCGAAAUGCGUUGAAUCUGUUUAGGGGCGCCGAAUACCAACGGUUCUAUUGGGCUACAAACAAAGAACCACUCACAUACUAUGACAUGAAUCUAUCGGCUCAAGACCAUCAAACAUUCUUCACCUGUGAAGGGGAUGCUGGUAAAGCCGAAUACGAAAUAAUGCAAACGGCCUGGCGUGAAAGGAAUCCGGUGGUUCGAAUCAAAGCCGCUCACAGUGCAUUGGAAAUGAAUCCGGAGUGUGCACCUGCGUACAUUCUGUUGGCAGAGGAGGAAGCGACAACGAUAAUUGAAGCUGAGAAAAUAUUGAAAAAUGCCCUGAAGGUCGCUGAAGCUAAUUACAGAAAAUCUCAAGCGUUGCAGCAUCAAGGCACUGUCGCCGAAGGUAUGCAUCGCCGUGACACAAAUGUUCUCAUCUACAUCAAACGACGUCUGGCAAUGUGUGCAAGAAAACUGGGAAAGCUGAAGGAGGCUGUGAAAAUGUUCCGUGAUCUCACCAAGGAAAUUCUGCCGAUUAUGAACGUGCUGAAUAUCCACGAAAAUUUGAUCGAAGUAUUGCUAGAAAUGCAGGCAUAUACCGACUGCCAAGCAGUUUUGUCCAAAUACGAUGACAUAUCCCUGCCCAAAUCGGCCACCAUAUGCUACACGUCCGCAUUGCUGAAAGCCAGACUCGUAGCCGACAAAUUUUCACCGGAUACCGCUUCGAAGAGGGGACUCUCGGCAUCGGAAAUGAGCGCCGUCGAGGCGAUCCAUCGUGCCGUUGAGUUCAAUCCGCACGUUCCGAAGUAUUUGCUUGAAACGAAACCACUGAUUCUGCCGCCCGAACACAUACUGAAAAGAGGCGACUCCGAAGCGUUGGCCUAUUCGUUCUUCCAUUUGUCACACUGGAAAAACGUCGAAGGUGCACUGAAUUUACUGCACUGCACGUGGGAGGGAACAUUCCGAGCCAUUCCAUAUCCACUGGAACGUGGCCAUCUAUUUUAUCCGUAUCCAACAUGCUCGGAAUGUGCCGAUAGGGAAUUGUUACCGGCAUUUCAUGAGGUUAGCGUUUAUCCGAAGAAGGAACUGCCAUUCUUUAUCUUAUUUACGGCUGGCUUAUGUUCCUUUACCGCCCUGCUCGCUCUACUAACGCAUCAAUAUCCGGAACCGAUGGGUGUGGUUGCACAGACUGUACUAAAUUUCAUAUCAUUACCGUUUUUCCUUAUAAAAGAAAGACUGGAGUCGCUCGGUUGGCCGUGUAACAUAUUGCAACAAUUGUCCCGGAUUUAAAGACUUUCCUUUCUAGCAAGACAGUACAACCAUCAAAAUGAUAGAGCGGUUGUUUUUCUCAUAAAAAUUCAAUAAUUUUGGAUGUUAGUUUUUUGUGUGUGUUUUAAAUUGACGUGAAACGUGAUUUUGUUUAGUUUUGUGAAUAAUAAUUAUUGAUUCGUCUUUCACCAAUUGGGGGAGAAUGACGGUUGGGCACACCGCUUUAACGGGCUCUCUAUAAUAAUCCCAUUCUACUGUUAAUUUGAUUGUUUCGUAACGAACUGUGUGAGCCACCAUUCGAGCCUCAUUGAUGAUAAUGUCCAACUUAAUUAUUGUAUUUUUUUUUAAAUGUUCGAUUUUGAGUGAAAAUAAAGAAUCGCCUCGUACUUAUUUAUAUCGGAACGG